AUGCGCGCGCGGGCGCUCGCGCGCGCGCUCGCGCGCCGCGCGUCGACGACGACGACGACGCGGAUGACGUCCACGAGCGCAUCCUCGAGCGGUGAAUCCUUCCGCGAGCUCAACGCGCGGGGUGAACACGCGAGAGUGAUCGCGAUGUACGAGUCGAGAAGCGUCGAGGCGAGCGAGCGAGACACCGCGGAGUACCUCAAGGCGCUCGUGCACGCGAAUCGAGUGCACGAGAGCGCGCUCGCGGCGGCGGUGCACAGGGGCGCGACGGGGACGGAGAGCGCACGGAGCGCGUUGAACACAGGAAUCAUCAACUCGCUGGGAUCGAUCUUCACGCAACGCGGCGUCGGGGGAGGUGAAGCGGGCGCCGCCGCCGCCGCGGCGAGCGCGGUGCUCGGGAGCGAGAAGAAUCCGCUGUACACGCAACAGCUCGAGCCGACCUUCAAGGCGCAGCUGUGGCGAACCGUGCGAACGCUCGGCACCGCGUUCAUCGUUCUGAGUGGAAUCGGCGCGCUGUUAGAAGACCGUGGGGGGAUGAGCAAAGCGAUUUUAGGAGGCGAGAGCGCGAAACCGCAGCAAACCGCGCCGUUGACGCGUUUCGACGACGUCAAGGGCGUCGACGAAGCAAAGGCUGAGCUCGUCGAGAUCGUCGAAUACCUCAAGGAGCCGGAGAGAUUUACAAAACUAGGCGGGAAGCUACCGAAGGGAUUGCUUCUGGUCGGACCCCCGGGGACGGGUAAGACGAUGCUCGCCAAAGCCGUCGCCGGGGAGGCUGGUGUGCCGUUCUUCUACACGAGCGGGAGCGAGUUUGAGGAAAUGUUCGUCGGCGUUGGCGCGAGGCGCGUGCGCGAUUUGUUCAAAGCUGCCAAGCAAAACGCACCGUGCAUCAUUUUUAUCGACGAAAUCGACGCCGUCGGCGCCGCGAGGAAUCCGAAGGAUCAGCAAAACACGCGCAUGACGUUGAAUCAGCUCUUGACGGAGCUAGACGGGUUCAAGGCGAGCGAGGGGGUCAUCGUCCUCGCCGCUACGAACACGCCAGGAAUGCUGGACAAAGCUCUGAUACGCCCGGGACGGUUCGACCGAACGGUAUCCGUUCCUAAUCCAGACGUCGGUGGCCGACGCGACAUCUUACGAGUACACGCGCGGGGCGUCAAGUUUGAUGAAAACGUCGAUUUCGAUGUCGUCGCUCGAGGAACGCCAGGCUUUAGCGGCGCCGACUUGGCGAACCUCAUCAACAUAGCCGCGCUUAAGGCGGCGCUCGACGGGGUGGCGAGCGUUGGGGCGAAGCAUCUCGACUUCGCGAAAGACCGCAUUCUCAUGGGCGCUGAGCGGACGUCAGCCAUUCUCACGCCGGAGAACCGCAAGCUUACGGCUUAUCACGAAGGAGGCCACGCGUUGGUCGCGCUUCGCACGAAGGGCGCGCGCCCGGUGCACAAGGCGACGAUCGUGCCUCGAGGCCAAGCGCUCGGUAUGGUGAUGCAGUUACCCGAGAAGGACGAGCUCCAAAUGACGCGAAGACAGCUAUUGGCGAUGCUCGACGUCACCAUGGGCGGUCGCGUCGCGGAAGAGUUGAUCUUUGGCUCGGACGAAAUCACCACUGGGGCGUCGAGCGAUCUCCAGCAAGCGACGAGGUUGGCGCGCGAAAUGGUGACGCGAUACGGCAUGAGCGAUACCGUGGGCCUCGCGUCCCAGGACUACGCGUCCGAUGAACUGUCGAGCGAAACCAGGCAGUUAAUUGAGAUCGAAGUGAAAGCGAUGCUCGACGCGGCGUACAAGCGUGCGAAGGAUCUACUGACAAAACACGAAGGCGACCUUCACGCGAUUGCUCGUCGGCUCUUGGACUCCGAAAGCUUGUCCGGAAACGAACUGAAGGAGUUGUGCGGUAUCGCGAGCGCGUAG